AUGGGAGCUCUCCAGGAACUUGGUUCUGAAGAUCAGCCCGUAACUUUAUGCUAUCAGGUUAAUGGGUCUUGUCCUCGAACCCUGCAUCCUUUAGGCAUCCAGCUGAUCAUAUACCUGGCCUGUGCCAUAGGUAUGUUGAUUACGGUCCUGGGGAACCUGCUCGUGGUGUUUGCUGUGUCCUAUUUUAAAGCUCUCCAUACACCUACCAAUUUCUUGCUGCUCUCCCUAGCACUGGCUGAUAUGUUCCUUGGGCUCCUAGUGCUUCCAUUCAGCACAGUUAGAUCAGUAGAGAGCUGCUGGUUUUUUGGGGACUUCCUCUGCAGGUUGCAUACAUACCUAGAUACGCUAUUCUGCCUCACAUCCAUUUUCCACCUGUGCUUCAUUUCCAUUGAUCGCCAUUGUGCCAUCUGUGAACCCUUAAUUUAUCCUACCAAGUUCACUGUGAAGGUGGCAUUCAGGUACAUAGUGGUGGGCUGGGGGCUUCCUGCAGCAUACACUGCCUUCUUCCUCUACACCGAUGUAGUGGAGGAAGGACUGGGUACCUUGUUGGAUGAGAUGCCUUGUGUGGGCAGCUGUCAGCUGCUGUUCAACAAAUUCUGGGGCUGGCUGAACUUCCCCGUGUUCUUCUUCCCCUGUGUCAUUAUGAUUAGCCUGUAUGUGAAGAUCUUCAUUGUGGCCAACAGGCAGGCUCAACAGAUCAGCACUAUGAGCAAGGGCACGGGCACUUCAGGUCAGAUUGGGGCCUCUAAGCGGGAGAGGAAAGCAGCCAAGACUCUGGGGAUAGCAGUUGGCAUUUACCUCCUGUGUUGGCUGCCAUUCACCAUCGAUACUUUGGUGGACAGCCUCCUCAACUUCAUCACCCCCCCUCUAGUGUUUGACAUCUUCAUCUGGUUUGCUUACUUCAACUCAGCAUGCAAUCCUCUGAUCUAUGUCUUUUCCUAUAGGUGGUUUAGAAAAGCUUUGAAACUUGUUCUGAGCAAGGAGGUCUUUUCCCCUAGAACUCCAACUAUUGACUUGUACCAAGACUGA